ACAAUGGAUGGAAUAUUAUCCCGAUUGAAACAGCUCACCCCUGAUGAGCUUAGAGAAGAAAUUGUAAGAGCAGGACUGAAAUGUGGGCCCAUUACCUCCACUACUAGGUUUAUUUUUGAAAAAAAGUUGGCUCAGGCAUUGCUGGAGCAGCAAGGAGCGUUGGAAGAAAAAGGAUCUACUCUGUCAGAGGAGGCUGCUGGAAAUGUCCCGUCCAAUAGCAACCAGGCAGAAGCAGAAAAGGCUUUGAAAACUGCGGUGGUGAAUCACAACGGUCAUGGAAGUGUUUCUGAAGAGGCAGACUUUGGGUACUGUGUAGGUGUGAACCCUCCAGAAGAAGAUGCUGUGAUGCACAUGAACUGUUCAGCUCCGGUCUGUGGAGCGGGAUAUGUUGAUUCACAGAUUAGUACUCAGACACCGUCCAGAGAUCCUCCACUAUACUAUGGUGUUUGUCCAGUUUAUGAUGACAUAUUGGCAAGGAAUGAGAGAAUACAUGUUUAUGAAGAUAAAAAGGAAGCUCUCCAAGCUGUUAAGAUGAUCAAGGGUUCCCGUUUUAAAGCUUUUUCAAACAGAGAGGAUGCUGAGAAAUUUGCUAAAGGAAUCUGUGAUUAUUUCCCAUCUCCAAGCAAGUCCUCUGUAUGUUCGUCUCCAGUGAAAAUGGGAUCAUUUAACAGAGAUGGUUUAUGCUCCCCUGAGGCCGAAACUGCUAAUAAGGAGAGAGCCAACAGUUACAAAAGUCCACGUACUCAAGAUCUUACUGCUAAACUUCGAAAAGCUGUUGAGAAAGGAGAUACAGCAACAUUUUCAGAACUUAUUUGGAGUAACCCUCGCUAUCUGAUUGGGUCAGGAGACAAUCCAACAGUUGUACAGGAAGGGUGUAGGUACAAUGUCAUGCAUGUUGCUGCCAAGGAAAAUCAGCCUGGUAUCUGCCAGUUAUUACUGGACACUUUGGAAAAUCCUGAAUUUAUGCGGCUUAUGUAUCCAGAUGAUAAUGAUAUAAUGUUGAAGAAUCGCAUCCAAUAUAUUGUUGACCUUUACCUUAAUACACCAGAUAAAAUGGGAUUUGAUACUCCAUUGCAUUUUGCCUGCAAGUUUGGGAAUCUGGAUGUUGUUAAUGUGCUUACCUCACACCCAGCUAUUGUAAAAAAUCCACGAAACAAGUAUGAUCUAACUCCAGCAGAAGUAGUUUGUGAAAGAAGCAAGAAUAAAUCUGCAGAAUUGAAAGAAAAACUAAGAGAGUACUUGAAAGGUCGAUAUUAUAUACCACUCUUGAGAGCAGAAGACAAUUCCUCAGCUCCUGUAAUUGGCGUGCCGUGGUCACCUGAUCAGACGGAUGAGAGCCCCCAGAGAACUUUAUCUAAAUACAUUGGCAGCCCCAAAGAUCCAGUGUUGUCGAUAAGAGCUUUUGCAGGCCCCAUGAGCCCCUCAAAGGCUGAAGAAUUCCGCAGGCUUUGGAAGACUCCGCCUCGAGAGCGAGCUGGCUUCUUUCACAAUGUCAGGAAAUCCGAUCUGGAGAGAGGUCUUGAAAGAGUUGGAAGGGAGUUAGCUCAUGAACUGGGGUUCCCGUGGGUUGAAUACUGGGAAUUUCUGGGCUGUUUUGUUGAUCUGUCUUCCCAGGAGGGGCUGCGAAAAUUAGAAGAGUACCUGAGUCAUCGGGAAAUGAGCGAAAAGGCUCAGCAAGAAACAGGGGAAAAUGAAACCUGCAAUAGAUAUAAAACUCCACAUCCUUCUGGCAAGAGUAAAAAGUGCAGCAAUUCUAUUUCUGUUGGAGCAUUUUUGGAUGAGGAUGAUGAUGACAUGAGCUUAGAAGAAAUCAAAAACAGACAAAAUGCAGCACGGAAUAUCAGCCAACCGAUUGUGUCCAAAGAACCUAGCAUUGAUGCUAUUGGAGACGCUGAGUGUGACAUCUUGUCAAUGGAGCGUGCAGUAAACUUUAUCGAGACAUCGGCUCACCCCAGGCACUACGAAAAGGCGGCUUCUUCCAGCAAAAACGGAUUUUGUAAUCCUGUGUCCAGUGAAAGGAUAAGUAGUGACAGAAAGCAUUUGCAUGAUGGAGAAGAAUGCCUUGUAUCGCCCAUUUCCAAUUUAAUGUCAGAAUUUGAAAGCCUGUCGUUCCAAGAACAAGAGGUUGCAGGACCAUCAAAUAAAAUCACUGACAAAAAUGAGAAUGAGAGCAUUCAGGCUGAAGGAACGAGUCAGGUGAGACUACCCAGCUAUGCGGUGUCACUGGCAAGUUCUUCUGAGUCAAGUGUCACAGGUACAUCUGGCGAGACCAAGCUAAGGACAGAGCACAAAAUACCGUCCGAAAAGGAGAGACUGUGUUUGGAAUCUGGAAUUCAGACUAACGAGGCACAACUACGUCAAGAACUCUCUUCCCAGAAGUUUCUUUGGAAGGCUUCACCCACAAAUUACAAUUCUAAGAAGUUAUUCCUGCUUGGGGAGCAGCCCUCGAAGCUGGAUAGUGAUGUCUUAGCGGCUAUAGAAGCAGUAGAGAUUGAUCCGCAGAAAUACCCGAUUAUUUACAAAUGGAAACAUGCAGUGCAGUCAUACUCUUCAUCUGACAGGCAAAGUUGGCCAAGUCCAGCACUGAAGGCAAGAUUCAAGUCCCAGACCAUUGCUGCUGCCCUUACAAAUGCUCCAGGUUGUUCCAAUUCGGGAAGAAACAGUCCCAUAACAGGAAGUCCAGGAAAAUACAGCAAUGCCACCUCGUUCUCUCCAGACCCUGGGAGCCCUGGGCGCUACAGUCCAGCUGGCAUCAACCACGCUCUGUUAAAACUGCGAUUUUUUUCAGAGCCUCCUGCCCACUAA